AUGAGAUACCAACAUCUAUCUCUCAGUGGUGAAAAUUUAGAUAGGAAUAAAAGAUUUCUUAUUUUUUUAGGAAUUAUAUGAAAAUGUAUUACGUUAUGGACGAAGUGUUGCAAUUAAUCAACAAAAACUUUGUGUCUUUGGAUAAUGAAGAUAUCAAAGGGACUAAUAGAUUGCUUCAUACCACUCUCAAUAAAAUGGUGGAAUACAUGAAAGAAGAUCCAAUCUUUAAGUUAUUGUAUAUUGACAAUUAUUUUGGAGGAAGCUUCUAUGAUAAAUUAAAGGUAGAAAAACCUGACGAAUUUGAUAUAGAUUUUGUUUUUUCAUUACCAGAAUGCGAAACUUGCAAAAUCAAAAAGUGCCGUUGCAUAACACUAAAGACUAGCAACACUACAGGCUUUCUGUGUUUUAAGAUCAAAAAGAAUUGCUGUACCCCUGUUUAUAAGAAUUUCGUAAGAAAUGGCUACAUGCAAACAAAUCUGAUUUUUAAUUGGAUCAAAAGUCUAAUAAUGAAAGCGAUAUCUAAAGUAAAUGCUGAACAAAAACGGAAUAAUAGUCGUAGGAAAACUCAUGUUUCUUUGUACUCUGAGUGCGCCCCUGCUGUCAAGAUAUGCAUCAAGAACAAAAAAUACAAGUUUCACAUUGAUCUGGCUCCAGCUUUUCAAUUUGACCAAUCCUACUGGCCAAAAGGUGGUUUUAAGAAGAACCCUUCUUCUACAGAGCAGUUUUCUGUGGUACCAAUGUCACCAAGGGACCAGUACGACUACUGGAGGCCGUCGUUUCAGGCUCAGGAAAAAAAGAUCAUCGCAAACAAAGAAAGAAUGAAACCAGCAUUGAGACUUCUCAAGAAAAUGAAAAGCAAUCGCACUCAUCAAAUAUCCAGCUACGCUUUGAAAACUUUAAUAAUGGAAGAAGCCGACAAUGUUGAGUGGAGUGAAAUGUCUUUAGGAGAAUCAUUCAUGCUCCUUCUGGAAAAGUAUAUAGAUGCACUUCAGGAUGGCCAUAUCUGGUAUUACUGGAACACCAAGGUGAAUUUGUUGGGUUAUUUGAAGAAGAAAACUGUUCAGAAUCAUUUGAAUGAAAUUCUCAAGAUAUAUUGUAAAGUUAUUCAAGAAUAUGAAGACAAUCCCAUUGUCAUUGCUGAACUUAUCUUGAAGAAAGACUCAAAGGAAUACAGGAAGUUUAUAAAUCUCUGGAACAGAAGACAAUUGCAGAAUGGUAUUCCAAAUGGCAACAAUGACAUUUAUCUUGUUGCUUUUGAUAGCUUCUCUGAAAUAUUCCUGAGCCGUUUAACACUAGCGAACAAGCACUGCCGCUAAGUUAUUCUAUUUUAUAUUAUUAUCAAGUGAUCAAAAAGAAAAAAAAUUGAGGUAGACACAAUACAUUAUAAUAAUAUUUUAUAUCUUUUAUAAUCCUUGCUUGUAAAACUAUCACGUAGAUGCAGAUGUAUGUCUACCUCAAUUUUAUUUCUUUGUGAUCACAUUCUAUUAGACUGAUAGACAUAAA